AUGUCGGGCCAACAGCAAGCUGGACAUCGCUCGCUAAUCGCACUUAUCGCGGAUGAGGACUCGACAACCGGCUUCAUCCUCGCUGGUAUCGGCGACGUGUCCAAAGAUGGUGACAAAAACUUCUUCGUCGUGGAUAACAAGACGCCGACCGCUGACAUUGAAGAAGCCUUCAUGAAGUUUACCAAGGAGCGCGACGACAUUGCUAUUGUUCUUAUCAACCAACAUAUCGCCGAUAAGAUCCGCCCCCUGGUCGACAAGUAUAUGCAGGCCUUCCCAGCUCUCCUUGAGAUUCCCAGCAAGGAUCAUCCUUACGACCCAUCGAAGGAUGGCGUGCUCAAGCGUGUACAGAAGAUUUUCGGCGAGUAA